UUUCAGUCCACAGGAGCAGGCAGGAUGUCGCUGACCAUGACCAAGAGUGAUGGGGUCACUGUAUUCACUAUGACCUCUGACCCCAAAAGUCCAUGGCCUCCCCUGUGCCAAAUCCUCAAGAGCCUUUGUUGCAGCCCUGUGUGCUGCUCUGUGUCUCAGCACCUGAAGAAGGUCCAGACGUCUCAGUUAGUACUGGGGGCUCUGCAGAUUAUGGUCGGGUUGCUCAACAUUGGCCUUGGAGUGAUCCUCCUUAGCAGUCGCACUGGCUCUUGGUAUCAAAUGGAUGUAACCUGGUUUCCUGUUUGGCUCGGAGUAUUGUUUAUGUUAUUUGGCACCCUGAGCAUUUUGUCUGAGAAGUAUCCCAGCCCAUGUCUGGUCACCGUCAGUGUGGUUCUGAAUCUAGCAGGAGUUGCUUUUGCCAUUACAGCCAUCGUACUCUACAGCAUCAAUGUGGCAAACAUCUAUUUGUGGUGGUUGUGUAAUCAAGACUAUUAUUAUGGCUACACUACCCCAAGUCCAUCUUCUAAGGAGAAGGCCCUGAUGGAGAGCUGCUUGGCGAGCAAAGCAAUGGUUCUGAUGCUUAUAAGAAGCAUCAAUGCUGUGCUGAUUGUCCUGUCAGCCCUGGAGCUCUGCCUCGUCAUCAGCUCGGCUGUUUUGGGGAUCAAGGCUCUGAGGAGCAGUGAGAAGACAGAAAACAAGAGCAUCGAUGACCAAGAACUUUACAAACCACUGCUGGAGGAAGUCACCAUUAACCCCACAGCCUGAAUGAAACUCUCUCUCUGCUUUAUGAUAUUAGAUACCAGGAACUAUAAUCCCGUGCGUUUAUACCAUUGACUAUAUGUACUGUAACGUCAAUGAUUUACACACAUUCUGCUGGUAGGGUCUAACUUCUGGUCUUUUUUUUUUUACAAGGGUUCCACUUAUAUUGUUUUUGUUGUUUAUUGUGGAAUAAUUUGCAUUUGCUGUCUAUUAUGUGUAAGCAGACAGUUGCUGUUGAUUAUGAUUUCUAAAUAGAGAAAUAUGUGAGUCUAUGUUUAGGUAAAUGGGAGGCUCAUACAUGUGUCUGACAUUAAAUGACUGAUUGUUUGCUAUUUUAUGAUAUUAAGCCAUAAAAAAACUGUAUGAUUGAAGACAAGUACUAUAAUUUGAAAAUAUCAUUAAAAUGUUUCUAAAUGCAGUUUCCAGCCAAAAUGAAAGUUAAAUAAAAUGAUUAAAGCUAGUGUUAAUCCAGUUGAUGUGGACAUCCUGUUAAUAGAACUGAUAUACUGUAUGUAUGUGCUGGUAACCUUGAGUUGGUGUAAUGACCAAAGUCUUACCCAGUGGUGGAAAGUAAUGUACAUUUAUUAUACUUUAAUUAUGUACAGUUUGAAGUAUUUUGUUUGUAAGGUAUUUGUACUUCACUCCAUUUCAGAGGGUAAUAUUAUACUUUGUUUACUCCACUACAUUUAUUUGACAGCUAGUUACUGGUUACUUAAUUUUGCCAAAACAAUUCAUACAAAACCUAUUAGCAGCUUCUAAAAUGUGAAGAACUGUUCUGUGAAAAUAAUCUUCAAAAGAUGUUAUUUCAGUUUGGAAUUGAGGCCUUGGUUUCUAAUAAAAGGUGAAAAACA